UAAAAUAUAUGGCCACGACCUAAAAAUUAAAGUUAAAUAUUUCCAAAUUAUAAGUUUAUUUACCAUGUCCGAAGAUCGUCUUAUAACACAAAUGGUCAUACCCGUUUCUAAAGAGACAUAUUUUAAUACAAAUUGGAAAAGUAAUAGGGAACGCCUUUGUGCCUACGACAUGCUUUACCACCCUCCCGAUUAUAACCCCAAGUCUGCGAGAUCUGAUCGACAAGAACCAAAAAUUAUACGCCGUAAUAUGUGGGAACAAGAACAGCAUAAAGGCAUUGCUUCUACAACUCACUUUCAACUCGGCAGACCAAAGUGGAAACCAUUUGAUUUGCCUACAAAAGAAUUUGUUAAAGCACAAGUCAAGAACGAGAAUGCCCAUAUGCGAAUAGGUGGCGUAUUGGAAUGGACUGUUCUCCUCAAUGAAGGCAAACCAAGUUUAUGCAACCAGUAACUCAAUCAUCAACAA